UGUAGGUAGCGACAGGGUUGGAGUUUCAUCGUCUUCGACACAGCUUACCGGAAGAAUCGGACUUAGCCGUAGGAUUCAGCAAGGAAAUUUGCAUCUGAGCACACCAUCCUAGACCGACAAGGGAGAACAAAAUAGAUAGAAAAUGUAGUCUGGGCAUGUUGAUUCCGAGAAAUUUGCGCUUCUCAUUAUUUCCCAUCUGCUUAGCCCCAAAAUUGCUUAAAAGCCGUCAGCAAAAAAAGAAGAAACAAGGAGACCAGGAGGAGCUCUAGCCUACACGAAGCCGAGAUUUUUUCGCUGUUCUCGCCUUGCAAUUCGAAAUCAGUUUUUUUUGCUUGCCGAGCAGAAGCCUGGAGAAAGCCUCUAGAGACGUUUAUGAGGGGUACAAUUUUCCGUUUGCUGGAUAAAGCGAGAGCAGAAUAAUUAUAGAAAAACGGUGAUUUAUUUGAACUGACGCGUAUAUUUUUUCGGUCUCGGUGGGGUUCCAAAACCGAAUGUCAUAAUAGGAUUUAUUAUCUGCAAGGGAGAAGUGGAGCUAAUAAGAGUAGCAGAGGUAGUCUUCUGAUAGACAACGACGAUUCAAGCCAAGGUCACCAUUUGGACUGGAGAAAAAAACUGAAUCUCGGAUAGUCGCCACGGUUGACCUUCUUCUCGUACAACGAAGAGGGCGUGGAGACCAUUAUCGUGCCGUUCCUCGUGCUCUAUUGGGGGACCAUUGAAAAAUUCCACCGAAUAGUAUGGCUUCGGUCGCCGCUUGGUUGCCAUUUGCACGGGCGGCGGCCAUCGGAUGGGUCCCAAUAGCAUCCCAUCCACUACCAGCACCGCCGGUGUUCAAGGACCGCCUCAGAUCAGAAGACGAGAAGCUAAUCAUAAAUGUUUCAGGACGAAGAUUCGAAACGUGGCGAACGACCGUUGAGAAGUAUCCUGACACCCUACUAGGCUCCAACGAGAGAGACUUCUUCUACGACGAAGAUAGCAAAGAGUAUUUUUUCGACCGUGAUCCGGACAUAUUUAGGCACAUAUUAAAUUACUACCGCACUGGUAAGCUGCACUAUCCUCGACACGAGUGUUUGCUCAGUUAUGAUGAGGAAUUAGCAUUUUUCGGAAUCAUGCCGGACGUGAUUGGAGACUGCUGCUACGAAGACUACCGGGAUCGGAAGCGAGAGAACGCUGAACGACUGAUGGACGACAAACUGUCGGAGAAUAGUGAUAAUAAUCUGCAACAGCUUACCAACAUCAGACAACGGAUGUGGCGAGCAUUCGAGAAUCCACACACUUCCACUGCCGCCCUCGUGUUCUACUAUGUUACGGGCUUCUUCAUUGCUGUAUCUGUGAUGGCCAACGUCGUCGAGACGGUUCCCUGCGGGUUGCGGCCAGGUCGAGCUGGAACGUUAUCCUGCGGCGAACGGUACAAGAUCGUAUUCUUCUGUCUGGAUACGGCAUGUGUAAUGAUCUUCACAGCGGAAUAUCUGCUUCGGUUAUUCGCCGCACCCUGUAGGUGUAAGUUCAUGCGAAGUGUAAUGAGUAUAAUAGAUGUGGUUGCCAUCCUGCCGUACUACAUCGGUCUCGGGAUCACCGACAACGACGAUGUGUCCGGUGCGUUCGUAACGUUACGAGUGUUCCGUGUAUUCCGAAUCUUCAAGUUUUCGCGUCACUCCCAAGGUCUGCGGAUUCUCGGCUACACGCUAAAAUCGUGCGCCUCCGAGCUGGGCUUCCUGGUAUUUUCGCUGGCGAUGGCCAUCAUCAUCUUCGCCACUGUGAUGUUCUACGCCGAGAAGAACGUGGACGGUACGAACUUUACCUCCAUCCCGGCGGCGUUUUGGUAUACAAUUGUCACGAUGACAACGUUAGGUUACGGUGAUAUGGUGCCAGAAACAAUAGCCGGUAAGAUCGUUGGAGGUGUCUGUUCCCUGAGCGGUGUGUUGGUCAUCGCGCUACCCGUACCUGUAAUUGUGUCCAACUUUAGUCGCAUCUACCAUCAGAACCAGCGAGCGGACAAACGAAAAGCACAACGGAAAGCACGUCUCGCACGAAUACGAAUAGCGAAAGCGGGCGCAAGUGCGGCGUUCGCGAGUAAGAAGAAGGCUGCCGAAUCGCGGCUAGCGGCGCAGGAGUCUGGAAUCGAACUGGACGACAACUACAACGAUGAAGACAUCUUCGAGCUACAGCAUCACCAUCUGUUAAGAUGUUUAGAGAAAACUACGGACCGGGAGUUUGUCGAGCUAGAAACUCAGUACAACGGCCAAACUAAGCGGCCCGGAUCUCCAUCGCCGAUGGCCAGCCCUUCGCAUUCGGCCAACACGACUACAGGUGCAACCGGAUUGCUGCAGUCCUGCUGCGGUCGAUGCUGUUCCCAGCGGUAUCAGAUACAGAACUACACUUCGGCGAACCAAUGAUGUCAGGAGGACGACAUCCCGCUGCGGGAGAGGAAAAAGUCGUAAUAGAUUCCGGAGGCCACCGAACCCCCAGAAGACGACGGAAACCAGUUUGAGUGAGCUCAUCAUCCGUUUUUUGAUCCCAGCCUUGAACCAGGCUGAUCCUCAUCAUGGUACCGCCAAAUCGUCAUCUCCAUCGUCCAUACCUCGAAGCCGGAAUAUUCCUCUCCAGCAGCGAUAUCGGUCAUUCUGUCACAGUAACUUUUUCCAGUGCCGUCAUCAAAGCCAACGUGUCCAACUGUGGGUCCUUCCUAGUGGUUGUGUGAACCCACCCACCAAAACCUCACAACAUAACAAUGCAUCAGUCGUCAUCAUUACCAUAGUAGAAUUAUUAUCAGCACGCCAUUGGUCGUCACAUUCGGGUGCUCAUCGUUCAUCGCAUCGUUUGCCAUUCGUCCCGCAACCGUCGCAACUCCUGGGCAACAAACAACACUAAUUUAAUUUAGCAUUAAUUAACAAAUUAUAGAUGUACAGUGUUAUUCUCUCCGCCCAAAGGGGACGGAUUUUUGAAAACUGAAAAACAGAAACGGUAUGCUGAAGAUGAGAAAAUAUAAUAAGUAUGAAACAAGAGGAAAAAAAUCUAGUCUAUAGAUAUAACCAACCAGGAACGUGUAAGGUAAACAAAUUUUAGGGUAGCAAUUGAAUUUAAAUUAUUAACUGAAACAAAGAAAAAAAAACCCUAGUCGAGAAACCGUAACCACGUAGAAAACGAAUACUACAUUACAUCUACUACAACUACUACUUACUGCAACUAUCACUUACUACGUACCCUGAUUUCCCGUGGAAAGAACCCGUCAGCAGGUGGAAGGAUGAUAGCAAACCAGCUUUAAUAAACUCGACUGUUUUAUUUUUAUUUUCAA